UUCCGCUACUACUACUACUAGUAAAUUAGGAGUGUUGGAUCCAAAUUAACUGGUGUGAAGCAUGAUUUAAUUUUUUUCAAACUAAAACUUUAACAGAAGUCUUGGAUUUUGCAAGAACAGAUUCUAACACAAAUGAAGAAUGGGUUCUUUUGAGCCUUACACAAUUAAUCAGAGGCUUCCUGUAAAAAAUGCAGAUAUUAUUAAAUAUCUCAAUGAAGCCUUGAGAGAUGAGGAAGAAGAACAUCAAGAAGAGAAUCAGUUAUUGGUAUCUUUUUAUAAAGAUGCUUUGAUAAAGAUAGGAAAAAUUAAAUAUGAACAUGUACCUCAUGCUAUAUUUAAACAAAUAGCAAGAGAAGUAGAGGUAAAAUCAGAUGAUGAUUGGAAGGACAUUGCAAGCAUGCUUGGCAUUGACAAUGUGGAAGAACUUAAAAUUAUUGAAAAACGUUCACAUAAUUCCAAUGAAUUUCCAUUAUACACUGUUUUUGUUUCAAACUUAUCAAAAGGUUCUGGGACAUUGGGACAAAUCUUAAAAAUAUUGUUAGAUAUUGAGCGUUAUGACAUACUACGUAAAAUACAAGGUGAGAUAAUCACUCUUCAAGCAAAACAUUCAAAUUCACAAAGUUUAGAAAGAAGUGAUUCCAUCAAUUUGAACCAUAGUCAGUUUGCAGUUGAAGAUGAUUCAUCAUAUUUCUCUUCAUCUCUCUGCAACAGACAGCAAACUUCUACGGACAAUCUCUGUUGUGAAGUAAAUGAUACAACGAGAGAAAGUGACUUGUUCAGCUGCACAAACAGUUCUAUUUACUCUGCUAGUCACAGCUUUGAAGGAAACAAUCUAGAAAUUACUGAAAGUAGAAAUGAUUGUUGCAGUAAUGCUAGAGAAAAAGAUUUACUACUUGGAACUAACUGUUGCAUAACAAGUAAACGAAAAGAAUUUGAAAACAACUUCAUCUCAAGAUGUAACAGAAACAGCAAUAAAACUUUCACACGUAACAUCCAUUCCACUACAGUUUUUCAUGCUAACGAAGAAAAAAGGUAUCGAGAAGAAAGCAUUAACAUUGAAUCAAGUGAAAGCUCCUAUGAAAUCUCCAACUUGAGCUGUGAGAGUAAUGGCUCCAUUUUCCAGCCAGAAAGCAUUUCUAGUUGCAGAAGUGAAGAAGCUGAUAUCAAUGGCUUGUAUACAUAUGCUCCAUAUCAGGGAAAUAGCUUUACCAGUAGAGGUCCAAUACUAAUGUCACAGGAUGUAGCUGUCACUCUGUAUAACUUUUGGGAUAAUGAAGGAAGUGUGUCAGAUCAAUUAAGAAGAAUACCAAGAAUUGCUUGUGGAAAAGCUGAUUCUCAGGUAUACAUAGGACCUGAGAGAAUCUGUGAAACUUUAUAUCGGCCUUUAAGUAAUAAAUUUGCAUCAGUGUUUAUCACUCAUACUUUAGAUGACAUAGAAGUUGCCAUGAAACUGAAAGAUAAGAUGAAUUUUCAAUUUAACGUCACUUUUGCAAGGGAGUUAGAUGUUGAGCUUGCUUUUGAUCCUUACAGUAACAUCAGAAAAUUGCUUGAAGAUGUUGACUUCAUUGUUCCUAUUGUAAGCCCUUCUUAUUUGCAGGAAAUUGAGCCUGUUGACAUCCAGACAAGAAGCACAGAUAGCCUCCAUGUCCGUUACAUUUUCCAGCAUUAUCAAAAUGAGUAUGCUAAUAAAGCUUGUCUAAAUUAUAAAAUACGGCCAGUGAUGGUCAGUGGCAUGAAACAAGCUGAUCUAGGAAAUCGUUUAGAGCUGAGAUGCUGUUUAAGAUUAUGGGAAGAAGUUCCAAGACUGUGUAAUAUUCUAAAGAUGACCAAAGAAAAAUAUCCAUAUUUAUAUCUCUGAUAAAUAGAAUAAAAGAAUUAGACUACCUUAACCCAUUCAUUAAAGUACAGCAUCACAGAUAAUUUGAAAUGGAUAUGAUGUUUACAUGAAGCAAAAGUAUGAACAAUCUGAACAUCAAUUUUUCUUGUUUGUUUAGUUCAUUGAUAAUGAACCUGGUAAGAAAAUGUGCUGAUGAUAUCUGUUGCACACUUAAUACCAUAACUAAAAAAAUAUACUAUAUAUUUUUUUACACAAUGCUGUGUUGAAAAUUAAUGUAUAUACACAUAUGUCUAUAAUAUAUAUAUACCACUGAAAAUUUUCUAUGUUGGUAUAUAUGUUGUUUUGGUCCUUAUAUACAUCUUCGUUUUCUAUACCAUUGGAAAGUUUAAGAGUAAGCCAUUUGCAAGUUGGUUAUCCUAUUGUAAUAAAUGUAUCACUGUUAUUUCAUUAUUUGUUUCUGUUACUGAAUGUAUUUGUUGGACAAGUAGCAAAUGUUUGGGCAUCAAUUUUGUUGCAUUUUUUCAGGAAAUACAAUUUUUUGUAACGUGUAACUUUGCUACACAUUUUGUGUUUUUAGGUAUAAAUCUAGUCAUGAUUAUUAUUUUGAACUUAAUUUUUUGCACUUUAUCCCACUAAUGAAGAUUCAGUAUGUCAGUUUGUGCAUUAUAAAAUUUAGUAACUGUUAACUCAUUGUGGAAUACAAAGAUUUGUUUAGUGCAGAUGUAUCCCUACUUUUUACUACCCCCCCCCCCCCUUCCUUGGAAUUGUUAUUUUACCAACAAUAUUUUGAAGAAGCAAGACAACAUUUAAUUAGUUAAGUGCUAAAGUCACCUGAUAACCUUGUGACGACUCAACAGUGUUUACUUUAUUGUUGGAUAUGUUGUAAUGUGUUUGUAGGAACUUGGAUUGUUUUUCAUUUUGCAACCAAUAUUGGUACAAUGAUGUCAUUUAAUUUUUUUACUUCUGACUGUUUGCUUCAGUACAUCAUGUAUGUCUUGAGAGUUUUUUUAAUACAUAGAAUAAAUAAUAAAAAUAAAUAAACACAUCUAUUAAGUUUAGGGAAAAUUUAUAUUGCUUUUAAACUUUGCUGUUCAUCCAAUAUUAAUUUUAAAUAAAUAUUUUUCAUUUUCACAUA